GCCAGAAACCUAUUCCAUCCCCUCCCCCUCCACACCCGUAUUAACCACUCCGCGCGCCCUGCCAACCCCCUUUUUGCAGCAAUGAGCGAUGUCUACACCAUUCUGGAGACCCUGGAGAAGGAAGGACUCUCGGGCCCGCUGCCCAUGGAUGGCUCGCUCAAACUAGACAGCCAGGCGCUGGACAAAUACGUCGACGACUCGAGCGACCCAAGGUAAGAGGGGCUUUUCCAUGUUGUUUGGAAAAUUCGAGGUGCACGUGCGAAUUGCUGUUGCUUACCCAAAUGCCCGGUACUGCUGCAACUGCUUAGGUGGAACGACAUGCUGCAGCGGUUUUUUGUGGAGAGCGAGGACGCCAACCAUGACGACAUGCUGUUCUUUGUGCGGCAUAUCGACGACUAUGACGAGAGCAAUGGCAGCGACCAGGAUCCAGUGUUUGUGCUGCGCAAGCAGGCGCCGCCCAACAUCCUACCGCCGAUCAGCGAGAUAAUAAUGUGGAAAGAGACAUUCCUGCUGAACCUGAUCGUGCAGAUGCCGUGUAAGCUCACGGUGGCUGUGUGCCGCCGGAGAUCACGGCAGGGCGGAGCGGGCCAGCGCGGCAGCGGCGGACUGAGCAUGCGCGUCUAUGCGCUGCCCAACAAGUCGCGCAUGGACCGGCCCAAAGACAGCACCAGCCCGCCCGAAUGCUCGUGGCCGCACAUCUACUAUGUGAUAGAUGACUACGAGGACAUGUUUGAGGACAUGUUUGUCAAGAAGGGCGAGUACCUGUGCGUGGAGUUGUCGGCACGCAUUCCUGUGCCCAACCUGCCCGAAAGCGUGGCGGCGACAAAGUCGCUGCUUGACAGCAACGAAAAGCCCGUGAGUCUGGCUACCAACCCCGACGGCACCAACUCGGCAUUCAACUCGGUACGCAGCCGGAUGACAUCAUCAGCGUCGGCAUCAGGCACAUCCAAGAUCGUGCUGUUCCAGGGCGCGGCGUCGUUUGGCGCCUUGAUCGACACAUAUGUGCAGCGGCUGUCGUCGCGCAACAUGCUGCAUCGCCUACGCAAGCCCACAUAUCCCGACCGAGGCCAUGCGCAGGUUGCAAUUGCAGGCAGGCCCAGCACCGACGACAUCGAUUCAGCGAUCGCCAACCUGAUGUCGGCUGGCGCCAAUAACGGCAUCAAUUCGUCACGCAUUCCUGGCAUGGCGUCACCUCCGCUGGCUCCGCAUGCGAUUCCGGGGUCGGCAGUUAACUCGACGCCGUCGUCGCCGUCGCUGUCGGCCUGGUUCAAGAAGAUCUCGCUACCGUCGAUUGCCGAGAACCUGUCGCAGGCCACCAGCCCGCCGCCGCCGCCCAAGGCGCUGCAGGCCAGCAUGACGUUCGUUAGCAUCCCUUGGCAAAGCAUCAUCGACGACCUGAUUGGGUUCAAACGCCAGCUAGACUAGCGUGUCGCUGGCCACGUUCUUUGUUGAACUUGUCUUGCAUAUAUUCCCGCACACAUGCCCUUACAUCCCCCCUUCCGCACCGCCUUCCCUCCC